UUUACUCCCAGUAAAUAGUGAAGCAUUAUACAUAUUACAAAAUUAGUUGUCAACUAUCUCUCGAGGAGGCAUAACGUGUGAACAGAAGAAAUUAUUACGUGGACCUUAUCACUGGAAGUUUAUAGGAAAAUAACAGAUCUCAAAUCAGACAAAAUGACAGUUGGUCCUGAAACAGAAGACUCACUAUUUGGUUUUGGAAUGCCAUCGUUGGAGGCGUUGGGAAUCAAGAAAUUGGAAAGCGAGAACCACACCGCCCACCUACAUCGACCUGAUACUCCACCUGAUUCACCAGAACCAGACGAGGUACAGCCAGACGAAAAUGUUGCCAGAAUGGAUGAAAUGCAGAGAGGGAAUGAAAAUAUCGCCCAUGCCGAUGUUAUCGCUGAAUUCUUCCGAAAAUAUCCCCAGGCGAACAAUUCUUUCGCAAACAUCAUGGAUCUAUACAGUGACAGACAUUUGGAGGAAUUACUGCGAAGAAUUGAUGAAGAAAACUUACAUGAAGGGGAUCCUAUGAAAAGGUUCAUUUUGCUUUACAAUUUCUAUAAAGCUAGGGAAGACUUCGAAAACGAUAAAGAUAUUUUGAUGAAGGCAUGCCUCGCUCGUAUAGAUGCAGGUGAACCGAUAUUAUUUUGAUGACAAAACGAUAAACGUAGAGGAAUUACUAAGACUUAGAUGUCUUAAAAAGACAAACCAAUGCUUAACACGUGUUUCUUAUGAAAAUAAGAAAUUGAACGCUUCCCCCUAAGUUUCGUUUUAGAAACAGAGUUCAGUGUUAAAAAGGUUUCAGUUUUGAUAUAAUUUAUUUUUCUAUUUUUUUUUAAUGAUCGUAAAUUUUGAUUCUCUGACUGACUCCGAUAAGAAAUAAUUUAAAAAUAACUACUAAAAUGUAAUCACUAAUUUUAGCCGUUUUUUGGGCUUUAUUUAGAAACUAGACAAAAGCUGUUAAUGCACAUAUCAAAGAGUGGGAAUUUAAAACGAACCAUGGUCGAUUAGCUAGUUUUGCGACAAGAUCCGAAUUUCCGAAGGACCAAUCACAUUCAAACGAAACUAGCUAUCGUGUCGUCUUUUGUUUUUCAUUACUUCCUCCUCAAGUUAGCACAACGAUAUUGAGGCGGUGACUUCGGUGUUACUGCAUGUUUACAGACUUGGGGCCAUGUGUCUAAGAUAGGCUUGAUUUAGAUUGGUAACAUAUCAUUAACAAAAAAUUCGAAUCAUAUUUAACAUUUGUGCAAGUGUUAGCUACCUCACAGUUCUUCGCCGUACAUUUUAAAACGAGUUUUUUCAAUCACAAAUAAGAGUAAGUUAUAUUAAGUAACCGUUCAUAGUGAGCGGAAUUUAGUGAUAUGUUGUAACUUUGUGAUAUUUUAUCUAAGAGAGAUAAGACUGAAAAUACUGACGAUAGUGAGGUUUUAGGUUAAGGUAUUAUAAGUUAGAUGUAAACGCUAUUUUUUGAUAUAAACCGAUUCUAUACAAAUGCAAAUACAGUUAAUGAAAUAAAAAGACCUACUUGUAAAAAAUCAAUAAAUUCAGGUACUCUUUCUACUACUUUUUAAAACAACUUUCUCUAUAAAUUCUAAUUAAUUUGGUAAAAUAUAAAUAAUCGUAAAUAAAUUGUGAAUCAAUUACGAAAACUCUUGUGAUUUUUGUUUUGUCUCAAAUUUAUUCGUUAUAUUAAUAAAAUUAAUGUUAUAUUUAUUGUGUAUGUGCUGUGAUUCGGUUAUAAAUGUUAUAUAAGUAACUCCAUCUUU